UCUUAUCUUUGGGAUCACACAUAUCUUCGUAACCAUCUUAUCCUUGUGUAUAUCGAGCAACGAAAAGCUCUGCGGAGCCUCUAUCUGUGCUAUAUCUGUCUCCCAUUCUCUGUCUAUUCGACUCUGACAUACCGAGAGUACCCCCCCCCAGUCGGAUAUCAACAACCAAAAAGACCUGAAAGAGCUGCAGGCCACGCUUCGGCGAUUUCAUGUCUUGCUGUAGAGGAUCAUUGGUAUACCACAGCAUUAUCCACAGCACAGUCCAAUCAUCGAGGAGAUCUUUGUCGUCGUCGGUUUGUAAAUUUCCACCUUUCCCCACUUCUUCGUCAUCUCCAACCCUUCGACGAUCACUUGCCUUCGUAUCGAGUAUGCCCGUACCAAUGUCCAAACCAGAAGUGACGGCCGAAGUUGGCGGUCAACGAAACGUCGACAAGCUGUUGGCGAUCUCGAGAGAUUUCAGGAGCGAUACCAUGACCAUUCCGACCGAUGCUCAGCUUUUGGCAUCUUUGCGCGCUUCAAGAGGUGACGAUCUGUACAGUGAAGAUGAAGAUACCGCUGCUCUGGAGGCUCGAGUUGCUCGACUGACAGGCAAGGAAGCUGCCCUGUUUGGCGUCUCAGGAACCAUGACCAAUCAACUCGCUAUUCGAACGCACAUGAAGCAACCGCCACACAGCGUUAUAACAGACUACAGAGCGCACGUUCACAAGAUGGAAGCUGGAGGUAUCGCCAUGUUCUCCCAAGCUACAACUCAUCAACUCGUCCCUCACAACGGUAUUUACUUAACCGUGGAAGAUAUUGAGCCGGCUUUGGUGCUCGGAGAGGAUAUCCACACUGCACCGACAAAAUUGAUCUGCAUUGAGAACACUCUAUCCGGUACCAUCAUCCCGCAGGAGGAGGUUGUCCGCAUUGGCGAAUUGGCUCGAAGACACGAUAUUAUCAUGCAUCUGGACGGUGCUAGAAUCUGGAACGUCGCUGCAAAAGUUGUGGAGGACAGAGUCAUGGAUCCGAGACAGGAGGAGGAUCUACGUGUGGCGUUGACAGAGCUGUGUGAACCAUUCGAGUCAGUUUCAUUGUGUCUUUCCAAAGGCAUCGGAGCCCCCAUCGGCUCGAUGCUGGUCGGUUCGAAAGACUUUAUCAAACGCGCAAGAUGGUUCAGAAAAGCAUUCGGUGGUGGAGUCAGGCAAUCGGGCGGUAUGGCCGCUGCUGCAGAUUACGCCAUCACACAUCAUUUCCCUCGUUUGGCAGACAGUCAUGCCCUUGCUAGGAGGCUGGAGCAGGGUCUCAGCGAUCUCGGCUGCGAGAUCCUAGCCCCGGUCGAUACGAGCAUGGUCUUCUUUUCCCCCCUAUCUAUUGGUUUGACCCUUGACAGCGUCUCUGCUCGUCUGAAAUCUCUACCCGUACCCAUCACGAUGAUGAGGGAACGACUCGUCCUACACCAUCAAACCUCACCCCAGGCCGUCGAAGACUUUAUCGCUUGCGUAGCAGAGAUGAAGGCUGAGGUGGAAGACGGCAAGGGUGCUGAAGUGAGGAAGGAAGGAGAACAGUCGACCUCGGACGAAAAGAUGGUCGUAGAGGGGAAAUUGAGGAAACAGGCUGUAUUGGGUUACUGAGAGGAAGAGGGAGUUUCAAGUUGUUAUUUUUGGAUGCGUCAUGGUGUCGAGCUUGGUCGCCCUGCAUUUUCUGGGAACUCUCAUGCAUAUUGAUGGACAGUCG